UUGGACAGGUCGGCCGGUAGGCAGUUGUUAAAAUAAAUUCAACAUUUCAAGCGGAGAGCAGUUACUAAAUUUUAGUCAAAAAAGUCAACAUGGCAUUAACAGAUUUAAGCGCCAAAGUGGUGCUGGUUGAUAUUGAGGGCACCACAACAUCGAUUACCUUCGUCCAUGAUGUACUUUUUCCAUAUGCCAAAGCAAACGCCCGGCAGUACCUAUCGGAGACAUGGGAAACGGAUGAUACUAAGCAAAUUGUCGAGGAGUUAAAGCAGCUGCCACAGUACACAGAAUAUGCUUCAACUCUAGAAACUCGACCAGAGAUUAAUGCUGCGCAUAUCGCUGAUUUUUCCCGUUAUCUUAUCGAAAAAGAUUUGAAGGUUACUCCGCUGAAAACGUUGCAGGGUCACAUCUGGGCCAAGGGUUAUGCGAGCGGGGAGCUUAAGGGGCAUGUCUAUGAGGAUGUCGCUGUGGCUUUCCAGGCCUGGAGUGAUGCUGGCCUUCGCAUCGCCGUCUAUUCGAGCGGCAGCGUAGCUGCCCAGAAAUUGAUUUUUCAGCAUAGCAUAGCCGGUGAUCUGCUGCCGCUGCUGAGCGCACACUUCGACACGCACGUGGGACACAAGCAGCAAACCGAAUCAUACACACGCAUUGCUGAAUCGCUGGAGGUGGACCCGCAGCAUGUGCUCUUCCUCACAGAUGUGCCAGAGGAAGCUUCUGCUGCUCGUGAUGCGGGCAUGCAAACCGUUUUGCUGGCUCGUCCUGGCAAUGCGCCACUCACCGCGGAACAUACCAGCUCCUUUCCCGUCGUCACAAACUUUGUGGCACUGCAAUCACUGAAGCAACCUUGAAUAAAGCUGCUCGAUUCUUGAGUUGAAGA